UCGACACUCCAGUUUGCUUCAGACCUCUGGAUUGAGAGAGUCUCGUCAAGUUUGAACCAGAAUCCGAAUAAAUAUCAGUAGUUUAAACAAGUACUUUUAUGCGUCCAAAUCAAAGUUAAUAACGACGCUAAGUUUCAUCAAAUGUGAAAAGUGAACAUACGCCUUUUAAAAUGGACUGAUUCCAGUGUCUAAUUAAAUUAAUCGAAGAAAUGCAAGUCUAAGUUAGUUUUAUGGCUGAAUCAAAGUUUGGAUGAACAAAAUAGGAAUGGCUGAAGAGGAUACAGAUUGGAGCUACAGCUAUAGCCCUGUACCAACUUUAAGUAGUGGUUUGGAGAAGAUUAGUCCUUAUGCUCAUGAGGGAACAACCCUGCUCAGUAAUUCAGCUCUGAAAUCAGAUUCAGUGCGUCGGUCCGAUCUCAGAACCAGGCUAGAUAAUGACCUUAGAGCAAGACUGGAAACAGAUCCGAGAAGCAGGGUUUCCACAGAACGGAGACAGCUUAAUAAUGGAGGGUUAAAUUAUGCGACAAAGGAGCGCAGCUACCAAGAUUCCGGAUUUUCGGAGGAUAUAGAUAUGCAGAUGAAUCCUGUUAGCUACCUAGGGACUACUAAAUCUGGUCAAAUAUACAUAGAACCAAAUGAUGAGACAAAGCUAACAUUGUCCCACUACUCUCAACCUUUAGUCAGCAAUUCAGAGUUAUCUACCAAGGACAGGGGGAACCCUUUACGUGGAAGCAUGAAGAGCCCCCCGUCCUCACCUCGUCCCUCCUCCCUGAAGGGGUCAAGGACCCCCUCCUUGAAGGGAUCUAAAUGCUCCUGGAGGUCCCUUGCCGUCAUCUUCAUCGUCCUCUCCCUUACUAUGGGGGCCACACUCGUCUUCCUUAUAG